UAUGAUUUCUAGAAUUCCCCUAAGACUUGUCAGAUCAUUAAAGCCUCUUAAUAUGACAACAGUUUGUGCUCCAUUCUGUUCAUAAAUAGAAAAGGUCAAUAAAGGUAUAUAUUUUAUAUUAAUGGAAAUCAGCUGGUUAAAAAUUAGUGAAAAUAGUUGAAAAAGAACUUAAAUAUGAGAAAACUAAUUAUGUUCCAGAUGAAUCAGCUUUAGAAUUUGUUUAAAAAGCUGGAUUCUAAUUAGUUGAUUCUGAAGGAGAUCACGAAGUGACUUUAGAAAAAAAAGUAGGUGACAUCAAAGUCAUUGUACAAUUCUAAUCAAGAUAACCAAACUCUGAAUAAUAAGAAGAGGAUGAGGUUGAAUAACAAAAAAAAUAGAAGGAAACAGAAGAAGAAUAAGAAGAAGAAAAUCAAACAUCUGAUUAUGCUGAUUUCACUGUUUAUCUUUAAAAAAACAAUGGUUAAAUUCUAUGUUAUGAAUGUACAACCUCUUAAGGCGAAGUAAUAUUUUCUUUUAAAUUAAAUAGAUUAAUGUCAACAUGGUAAGUCUAGUAAAAGACUUAGAAGCACAUAAGAAAAUUCCUAGAUUCGAAAGAGGUUUAUAAGAUUAUUAAGGACCAGAGUUCAUGACCUUAGAUGAGGUAUAGAAUAAAAUUAAAUAUUCUAUUAGAAAUUAUAAAUGACAUUGGUAGAAUAUUUGAGAGGAUAUGGAAUCAAUGAUGAACUAGGAGCAUUUGUUGAACACUAUUCCUUAGAUAAAGAAGAGAGACUAUACAUUUAAUGGUUAGAUCAACUUACAACAUUUUUGAAGAAUUGAG